CCUUUGAGCACACAACAUAACAGAAUCUUCAUGGUCAACAUAAUAUUCUAAUACAUUUCCUGAAAAAAAUUCUGAAACGUUUCAGUUGUGGAUAAAGCGGGAAGUGCAGCACAUCGGUUUGGUCGGCUCGGUAGAACUCUGUUUGUAGUAAAACGCCAGCAUUAAAUUAGAAACAUUAAAACAAAUUUGAGCUUCAACAUAAACAUUCAAGAUCAACAUGUCUGUUGCCCAAUAUACACAAAAGGUGCUAGCAAACUUACCAUGCGUCAAUGGUAAAAGUUUAAUGGAAUUUUACAAGGAAAUGCUGCUUAAAAUAUCCGCAAUGCAACGUUUGGACUUUUUAGCUGAGACCAUCGAUGAACAAAGUGAUUUUCUACCAACAAUCGAUUGGAGUAACGGCAAAAACGACGAAAAGUCGCAACAGUUUCGCUAUGUUGGAAAUGAAUGCUUUACGCGCUUUGAAUUUGUUGAAGCUUUGAAAUGGUACAACAAGGCCCUGGCCCAUGCCAAAUCGAAAGAGAAUAUAGGCGUUUGCUACGCAAACCGAUCGGCUGCUUACUUCAAAUUGUCGAUGUUCAAAGCUUGCAUGGUAAAUGUCAGAGCCGCUCUCAAUUACGUACUGAGCGAUCGUUUGAAAGCAAAAUUAUAUCAACGUUAUGUACGAGCUCAAGAUGAACUACUAGCAACAGGGAUUAAACCGCAAGAACGCAAUAUAAUAGAAUUGAGUCGCCCAGCCAAAGGAAGCCAGCCAUUUUACAUCAAUUGUUUAUCGAAGCAACGUGAUGCCAUUGUUACCAGCGAACCGUUGCAGCCUGGAGAUGUUAUUUCGUUAGAGAAACCGUACAGUCAAAUCUUAAGCCAAAGUCACGUCUACGAACGAUGCACUUACUGUCUAACGAACAAAGCAUAUUUGUCAAUGAUCCCAUGCCCGAACUGCAGUUCCGCGAUGUUUUGCAGCGGGGUGUGUUACAAAAUGGCCAUGAAAGUCUUUCACCAUUUCGAGUGUCCGAUGAUCGACGGACUUUACAAUUUUCUCCCGGACUCCAUGUACCUCGGCCUUAGAACCGUAUUCACCAGCUUCCACGAAUGCAAUUGGUCAAUGGACGACUAUCAAAACAGGAUCAUUAUGUGCUUCGGCGAUGAGACUGAACCAUUCGACGUGAACGUAACGGAGCCUGGCGAGACCGCCAACGAAAAGGUCUUCCUGAUGAUCCACAAUAUGACCAGGUCUUUCAACUUUUCGAUGGAACAGCACGUUGCUGUGGUCGUUGUGGCGGAAAAAUUAAAAUCACUUUUUGGCUCGUUGUUCAAUCGUGAUGCGAUCACUGCAAUUAUGUUCUCCGUGUCCAUUUUUCACAUGAUUCAAGUCAGCCAGGAACAUGGUGUGCUGUUGGAGGAAACUGCGUUCAGCGGUGAUGGUGUUGGAAAUGACAUAACUACUUACGGUUGCGGUAUGUUUCCAUUCGCCAGCAACUUUAAACUUUCCUGUGCGCCGAACGUUCUGCUUCUGAAUAAUAACGGCACUUUGAUUGGUUUCGCUAUGACUAAAAUCAACCGCAACGAACCGAUCGAACUGGGACUAAUGUCUCGAAAUCACUUUUUAACCGAUAUGAACCGCCGCAGUGAACGUUCUAAGACAUUCAGCGGCCGAUGUUGUCACUGUACAGCUUGUGAAGAGGAUUUCGAAUUAUAUACCGAUAUACAGCCAUUCGACGGACGUCGGUAUUCGCCACCGAUUCCAGUGAUCGCAGAGAAGUGUUUGAAAUUUACAGAGAUUGUCCGUAGUGUAAAAUUUAUCCUCUACUACCUAAACACGAAUCGUAACUUGCCGUACAUUAGCAGAGAGGUGGGUUGGUGUAUCCAAGCAAUGAUACAAUUACUGCGGCAACUGGUGCAAGCAUAUGAUACGGACCUAAUGUUUACUGAAUAUUCGAGAUUAAUCCGAAAUGAUUGAUGUUUUUGACAUGUAUUUAUUGCGGCGUUCUGUGCUGCCUUGUGCCGUCAAUUUUUAUAUUUUUAUAUUAAAGUACACUUCCCGGUAAACAGA